GUGAAGCCCGGACUUGCCUGCGACUGCCGGCGGGCAAAGGCCGCUCGCGAGCCAGGGCUGGUGGCCCUAAUGUGGGGCUGUCAUGGGGCGUGAGGAGCGGAGACUUCACCAUGAGUUUCCUGAUCGACUCAAGCAUCGUGAUUACGUCCCAGAUUCUGUUUUUUGGAUUUGGGUGGCUUUUCUUCAUGCGCCAGUUGUUUAAGGAUUAUGAGGUGCGUCAGUAUGUCGUACAGGUGAUCUUCUCUGUGACUUUUGCGUUCUCUUGCACUAUGUUUGAGCUUAUCAUCUUUGAAAUCUUAGGUGUGCUGGACAGCAGCUCUCGUUACUUUCACUGGAAAAUGAACCUGUGUAUUAUUCUGAUCAUCUUGGUUUUCCUGGUGCCUUUUUACAUUGGCUAUUUCAUCGUGAGCAACAUCUGGCUGUUGCAUAAACAGCAACUGCUUUUUUCCUGCCUCUUGUGGUUGACCUUUAUGUAUUUCUUCUGGAAACUGGGAGAACCAUUUCCCAUUCUCAGCCCAAAACAUGGCAUCUUGUCUAUAGAGCAGCUCAUCAGCCGGGUGGGCGUCAUUGGAGUGACCCUCAUGGCCCUGCUAUCUGGAUUUGGUGCUGUCAACUGUCCCUACACAUACAUGUCCUACUUCCUGAGGAACGUGACAGACACAGAUAUCAUGGCACUGGAGCGGAGACUGCUGCAAACCAUGGACAUGAUCGUCAGCAAAAAGAAAAGGAUGGCCGUGGCCCGGAGAACCAUGUUCCUGAAGGGGGAGGUGCACAACAAGCCCUCAGGCUUCUGGGAAAUGAUAAAGAGCGUUACAACUUCAGCUUCCGGAAGCGAAAAUCUUAUGCAAAUCCAACAGGAAGUAGAUUCUUUGGAAGAACUAAGCAGGCAGCUUUUUCUGGAAACAGCUGAUCUCCAUGCUACAAAGGAGAGAAUAGAAUACUCCAAAACUUUCAAGGGAAAAUAUUUUAAUUUUCUGGGUUACUUUUUUUCUAUUUACUGUGUUUGGAAAAUUUUCAUGGCAACCAUCAAUAUCGUUUUUGAUCGAGUCGGGAAAACUGACCCUGUCACAAGAGGCAUUGAAAUCACUGUGAAUUACCUGGGAAUCCAAUUUGAUGUGAAGUUCUGGUCCCAGCACAUUUCCUUCAUUCUGGUUGGGAUUAUCAUUGUCACGUCCAUCAGAGGAUUACUUAUCACACUCACCAAGUUCUUUUAUGCCAUCUCUAGCAGCAAGUCCUCCAAUGUCAUCGUCCUGCUCUUAGCACAGAUAAUGGGCAUGUACUUCGUGUCCUCGGUGCUGCUCAUCCGGAUGAGCAUGCCCCUGGAGUACCGCACCAUCAUCACCGAGGUCCUUGGAGAACUGCAGUUCAACUUCUACCACCGCUGGUUUGACGUGAUCUUCCUGGUCAGCGCGCUCUCCAGCAUGCUCUUCCUCUACCUAGCUCACAAGCAGGCGCCCGAGAAGCACAUGGCACCGUGAAAGCCAGUGCUGUCAGAAUUUGGGGGGAAAAGCAGAAAAACAAUGGAGGCUGGGGCCUGAUUUUUUUUUUAAAGCAAAAUGCUCUGGAAGCCUAUUCUUCCUCCAGUAUCAGUCUUCCUCCUCGGAUGAUGCUGGGAUCACCAGGGCAUCAGCUGGGACCUGAGAGAGGAGGAAACUCAGGGCAGUCCUUGGUAGAGACAGCCGCUCGUGUGGAUCAAGACCGGGGCCAGGUGCAGACAGCACACAGGGAGUGAAAGUACACUGGAACUCUAGAACAGGAAAUGUGGCCACAAACGCCUGAUGUUCUGUAAGUCUAGCUUCCUGCGCAGCAGGGUCUUGGCAUUCCCUUGAGGUUGACUGUCAUUAAAGUCUGACAUUGUAACA